CUGGUGCUUUCGAGUCAGCAUUGUUACUUCUGUAAAUGAAGAAGGUAACGAAAAAAGAUGAACGAUCGAAUACAGUCGAGUUAAAAUUUGCACAACGAAUGAAACCAUCUGAAAGACCGGACGUUGUCGUUAUCACUUUUGGUGUAUCCUGUUGUAGUUUGUUCACUGCUCGGUUAUCUCGUCUGCCUGCCCACCCACGUGAAAUAGAAAAUUUUCUACGAAUCUGUGGAUUCGAAUAUCUACUGUGUGGUAGAAUUUCGCUGAUGGUUACCGACUCUGGCAUCGAUAUGAAUUCGGAAAAACGUUUCGAUAACGAUAACAAACAAUACCCGGUGGAAUUCCGUCAACCAGUUCCAAAGCUAUUGGAAAUUAGUCUACUCAGAAUGGCAACGUUAUUAUGGCAUCAGACAAUUCUGAACGAUUGGCCUUGGCGUCAAAAUAUGAACGAGCUGGACGCUCCUUUACGCUACUACGAAGCAACCCUACCAACAGGCACGCUUCCUUUAUCGAUGAAUAAUUUCAACGUGACUUACGAUAUAUCGGAAUACUCGACGUGGUCGAAAUCUCCUCGUAUACAUUUGCUCCUCAGUCGAAUACACGAUUACGUCUACAAAGUGAACGAUUUGAACAUCGUUUCGAUAUUGAAAACUCGAAUACCGGUCAUACUCGAGCAAAAGAUUCGUCGUACAGCGUCUCAAGUAGGCAUCAAGAUGCUGAAUUGGAUUUUCAUACAUUUCGACGUUUUCGUCGAUCGUAACGAAUUCGAGAUCGUAUUCGUAGAGUACUUCGACGAUUUGAUUUGGCAGUAUAAAGGUAAACCUGUCAUAUGCAGCGAAGAAACAGCUAAACGACUCAUGAAUCGACCCAAAAUAAGCGCUUGGCAUAAAUUCAACUUAGCUUGCGAGUAUUGUUUCGUCGAGCAGAUUGUUACGAUGUGGCCUUCGGUAUCGACAGAUACGAGAAUCAAUUGUUUUCAGCUAAAUAUGAACAGCGAUCAAGAAAUGUUACAUUAUUGGAUACAUUUCUUGGACCAUCAUCGACAUCCUGGAGCAAUCGAGGAAGAUAUGAUCGAAUUCACCGAGUUUUUUAAUCGAUAUUCCCUGGAGUAUUUUUGGAAUUUCGUCGAACCUGAUCGACGUGUACGAAAAAUGAUCUCGUGUUUGAAAAGUUCGUUUGGCCCUGCUUACGUAAGUUUGCUUUCUACUUUUGAUGCCGACCAAUGGAAAGAAUUAAUGGUCUCGGCUGGCGAUCAAGUCAUCAUAUACCUGAUUCGCGAAUCUAACUCGGAAUUCGUAGCUCAAGUUUGGAGACGUUUUAAACACCUUGUAUCUGGCGAGCAAUUUAUCAAGAUCAUCUGGUGGAUUUUCGAGCACGAAUUUCAAACCAUAUCGUAUUAUUUCACUGAUAAUAUACGUAUUUCGAUGCAUUCCAUUUGGAUCGAAGCACCAGAUCGACUGAAACGUCGAGCAAUCGAAGAACUCGUCGUAGACGAUGGAUUUUCUCAAUACCAUAAGCUGUUCCCGUUAUCCAAACUUCCUCGACCGAUGGAUUUCCUGAUUUUAGUCUUAUCCGAUGCCACGUUCGAGCAAAGGAAUAAAAUUUGGAUCGAUAAUUGGAAGUAUUUAAUUUAUGGAACUGCUCCUCGUUUCUUGAACGAGCUUAUGGAAUUAUGCCUGCAGAAGGAUCAAAUUGUCGAAUUCAAGCAACGCGAAAUGAUGUGCUUUGAGAAUAUCAAAAAAUAUUGCGUCGAGUUGAUGAAACGAACGUGUCGUAAAGAACUGAAUACUUUUUUGAAGUUUUGUUGUUCGUCUGAUAGUGAACAUAUUGCGGAUUUGGAACGUCAAAUUUCAGAGUCGUGGAGAGAAUACGUUUUUAGUUAUAGGUAUUCGCGUAAUUUGAAUUUGCUGGAUUAAUUCAACGAUUAACGUCGCGUCGAUUUUGCAUUGAAGAGUGACCAAGUCACAUAAAUGUUCCUAUAAUUUAUUAUUUAUUUUUGUAUCAAAUAGCUGCCAAGUAUUGAGGGCAUUGCUGCCCACGAAUCUGUUGUAUUUUUUAUUCGCCAAAUAAACCCAAUUUUUUAUA